AUGGCCUCCCCCGAGACCGACCCAAACAAAUCGCCUAUCCUUCUCCUCAAAACCAAAUCCAUGCCUGCCGACGCCUACCAAGACCUCUUCUCGACCCCGCCUAGCCGCGGCAACAUCUCCUUCGAACCCAUCUUCGUUCCUGUACUACAGCAUCGUUUUGAAGAACAGGGCCAGUCACAACUCCGCGCCCUGCUCGAACAGAAACGCAUUAGCGCCUCUCGAGACGCCGCGUACGGGGGACUGAUCUUCACGUCUCAGCGCGCCGUGGAGGUCUUCGCCACGCUGGUUGAGGAUGGGCUGCAGAAAAAUGACAACAGUAGUGAAGAGCAUGGCAGUAAGACCUGGCCACACCUCCAAGACGUACCGCUCUACUCCGUCGGUCCGGCAACAACCCGCGCCCUAAAAUCCAUCCCGCAAGACCCGCCUCUACAGAUCUUCGGCGAGCACACGGGCAACGGCGAUGCGCUGGCGGCGUAUAUACAAGAGCACUACGGAUCAUUGUACGCGGGACGCAACCCCAAGCCGCCUCUACUCUUUCUCGUCGGGGAGCAGAGAAGAGAUAUCAUCCCCAAAACGUUGAUGGAUGAGCGUUUGCCUGUGGACAACAGGAUUCAUGUGGACGAGAUGGUGGUAUAUGGUACCGGGGUCAUGGAGAGCUUCCCGGGGGAUUUGAACCGGGUUUUGGAGAGGACGGCGGAUCGGGGUGCGACGAGGUGGUUGGUGAUUUUUUCACCGACGGGCUGUGAUGGGAUGUUGAAAGGAUUGGGAAUGUUGGACGAGGAGACGGGGAAAGUUAGACACCUGCCUCGGGAAGAGGACAAGCAGACGAAUACAUACAUCGCGAGUAUUGGGCCUACGACGAGGAAUUACCUUAAGCGAACGUUUGACUAUGAGCCGGAUGUGUGUGCUGAGAAGCCCAGUCCGGAAGGGUUGUGGGAGGCGAUUACGACGUUUAUGGAAAGUAGGAAAUGA